AGGGGGUGAUGGCAGGGGGGACAGAAGAAUUCCAAAUAGUAAUAAUAAUAAUUUAGCAUAUUCUACCUGUGUUGGGGGGGAGGGGGAGGGAGCGCCAGCCGGGGUAGCCAAGAGGAAGCUGGAGGAGACGGAGGAGGAGGAGGAGGAGGAAGAGGACGAGGAGGAAGAUGAGGAGGAAGGGCAUAGCAGCUCAGAGGAGGAGGAAGAGGAAGAAGCUGCAGAACAAAGUGAAGGGGAAGAGGAAGUAAUCGUGAAGCAGGAAGAGGAGGAGGAGGAGGAAGAGGAAGACGAGGAGGAAGAGGAGGAGGAGGAAGAGGAGAGGAGGGAGGCACAUGCAAAGCCACAGGAGAAUGAAAACUCAAGUGAUGAAGACUCUAGUAGUGAUAGUGAUGAUGAGGAGGAGGAGGAGGAGGAGGGGGGGUCAGCCUCAGCAUCAGAGGAGGAGGAGGAAGAGGAGGAGGAGGGAGGGAAGACUGACAGGGAGGAACAGGAGAAUGGCAAUGAGGAGGAGGAAGAGGAGGAGGAGGAGGAUGAAGAGGAAGAUGAAGAGGAAGAAGAGGAUAGCAACAUGGCAAGUAAGAGAGACAUGUCCCAGGCCUCCCACGACCUGCAGCACCACCCGCCCCCUGGCAUGCGGCCCCAGCACCCCCCCUCCAGGAAGGUCGCCCCGCCCCCCAUUGCGCCUACCAUGGAGGACAAGCAGGCUGUCAAGAUGGAAGCUAAUGGGCAGGUGCAGUUUCCCCCAGAGGUGACCGAGGGAGUACCCCCCCCAGGUUGCAGAGGCCAUGCUGAUGCAGUCCCCCCUGGCUACGUCCCUGCUGCAGUCCUUCCUGGCUACCUCCCUCUGGUUCGGCUCCCCUGACAACACCCAGAAGAGGAAAACCAACAGCAACACCAAGCAGAAGCAACACCACCAGAUCCCGGAUGACCUAACGAGUGAGACCUUGGCAGUAGCAGCUGGGUCGACCAAGGACAAGAAGAAGAGGCAGGAAUUAAAGAACACAGGCCAGAGUUAUUUCAACACUAAGGGCAAGCUGGUGGAUGCCAAACGCGUGUGGCCGCAGGAUUGUAGCAGGUGCCCGCUGAAGUGCAACGCAAGGAUUAGCGAAGAUGAGCGGCUUAAGAUCUUUGCUGAGUACUGGGGCCUGGCGGACUACAACCUGCAGAGGGAGUACCUGGCAGCUCACAUGCAGCGGGAGGAGAAGCUUGGCCCCAGUGGUCUGCUGCGGACUGUUAUUCUCUACUUCCUUACGUCCAGCAAGCAGUCAAACACCAAACUACAGGUAUGUCGCCAAUUCUUCCUGAAAACACUGGAUGUCUCUGAGAAAGCAUCAAGAAUCGUGCUAGAGAAAAUGGUACGAGGGGAGCUCGGGAAUGAAGGAGGCACCAAUACCCCCCCACCAAGCUCCACCCUGCGCCUCCCCGCCUCCCACCAUGCCUCCCCGCCCCCCUGCCAGGCCAAGAACGGGGAGGACGGGCCGCUGAUUAAGGUUGAAGACAUAAAGAGCGAGGAUUCAUCUUGAGGUUGAGUGAAAUGACGCCAGCUGUAGAUUUUUUUUCCUGGGCAUUUUUUAAUUACGCGUUUUUCUUUCUCUCUCUUUUUUUUUUUCGUUGGUGUUUUGGUUACGAGUUCUUUGCGCAAUUUGCUGUGCUUAAGACAAAGGAGGAGGAGGAGGAGGAGGAAGAAGUGAUGAAUAAGGAAGAGGAGGGAGGAAGGAAGACUAAAUAAACGGGAGGAGAAGAAGGAAGAGAAGCAAAAACUGAAAAACAAGGAGGAGGAGGAAAACAAACACCUCCAAAUAUCUUCCCUCUUUCUCUCUCUCUCUCUCUCUCCCUUCCUUCCCUUCCUCAGAUGCACACACCCAGAAAGAAAGAAAAGAAAAAAAAAGUCACGCGCCACACACACGCAAACAAACACACACAAGACGAUAAAAAUCCACAGGCCAUGAAUGCUUAAUGGAUUCCUGUGUGUGUGCGUGUUAUGUGCGUCUGGUGCCAUGGGGUGUGUGCGCGUUUGAAACCUGUGACAUUGAUGCUGAUCUGCUCUCUAAACAUGGCCUGAACUGUGAGAGGGGAGAGGGGGAGAGGGGUGGCAGUAAUGAUUCCUGACUCUCCUGUGUGUGCUGUGUGCGUUAUGUACUUAGGGACGCCAUGUGUGUGUAAUGAAGCCGUGUGCGCGUAAUGGGAAUUCAUGUACGCGAAAUUAGACUCGUGUAAUGAUUUGUGUGCGUAUUGAAGUGUCUGGUCUUGUGCACAUUGUUUUUUCUGCGUGUGUGUAUGUGUGUACGAAUAGUGAGGUGUGUGCGUGAAGCCGUCAUGUGCGUUUUAAAGACAGAUGGAUAAAUGGUGGUUCGUAUGGUGGGACAAACGAACGGAGUAAUAAAUACGCUCUGAAAAUCAAAACAAACAAACAAACGUGACCUUGUAAAAAAUUGUGCUUGUGAUUGUGAAGCGGAGGUGGUGAUGGUGGUGGUGGUGGUGAUGGCAGAAACUAGACCCCCUCCACCCUUUCCCUGUGACAUUCCUGUGGUGUGCGUGUGUGUGCGUGUCUUGAAACUACGCACAUACAGUAGCCAUGUGUGCAAACUCAUGUCUCAAACUGGACAGCCAUGUGUGUUAUCAAGCGUACAUGAUUGUUUGGCGCUCACACAAGUGUUACGCUCACAGUUUAUGAGUGUGUGUGUGUGUGUGUGUGUGUGUGUGUGUUUGUCAUCCACACACGCAUUUAAAUUUGUGUAUUUAUUUACAUUUGUAUCCCUCUCUGUGUGUGUGUGUGUGUGUGUGUGUGUGUGUGUGUGUGUGUGUGUGUGUGUGUGUGUGUGUGUGUGUGUGCCCCCUUGAAGUGAGACAGACGGACAGACAAACACUUUCCAUCCCAGAAGUGUGUAUAAAAAGGAAAAACACACCCAAACUGAACACAGGGCUGACAAAGUAAACAGACAAACAAACACUUCUGCAUAUAUUUAGAAAUGACAAGAAAAUAGAAGUUAAUUGUUUGACAGAAAAAGACAAACAAACAAACAAACAAAAACACUUCCUGUCCCAAAGUAUGUUUAGAAAAGAUGCAGAAAAACAGUUAAUCCUUUGAGAGAAAAGGAAAACAAGAGAAACAAACACAUGGAAACACAAAGAUGAGAAGAAAAUAACCAGCUGUGUGUAAACUUUCAGAAAACAAGAAAAUAGUGAAAGAAGUUGAUUUUUAUACUGGAAUUAAAGAGAAUUAGUCUUUUUUCUACAUUUCCAGAUUAAUAAGUGUUGGAAUCUGUGUCUUUCUCCAUUAAAGAUGAAUAAGUGAAUGAAGGUGAAUGAAUUAAUAGAUACAAAAAUAAGUGAAUCAUGGAAAUAAACUUGUAAGAUUGACAUUGAGUUGAUACAGGAAAGAAGUGCAGUGAAAUUACAAAUAUUGCGAAGAAAGUGAUCAGGAAUAAAAUUGAAUAGGUAGUGAAUUAAAUCAGUUCAGAAAAUAGAAGGAUUGAAUUGGAAGGAAAAAAUUAAAGUUCUGAGAAAUAAAAAAAAAAUUAUUGACCUAAGAAAAAUUAUAAUAAAUAAAUACAGUAUACUGAAAAAAAAAGGGAAAAACAAAAAUCGACAGUAAUAAGUGAAUGAAAAACUUGGAAGUGAAAAAUAAAAACAGAUUAAGAAACUGACUGAACAAAUAAAAUAAAAAUAAAUAACUUACUGGGAAUGAAAGAAGAAAAAAACAACAAUUAGAUAAACCAAACCAAUAAACAGAAAAGAUUUAGUGAUGUGAAUAAAACCAAGAAAACAAACAAACCAAUAAACACAGGCAGACACCCCAAUAGACAAUAGAAAACGUAAACAAACAGACAAACAACCCCCCCUCCUCCCCCGCCCGUGGUGUGUGGCGGCAGCUUCACGGCAAACACUGGUUGUGGCAAAUAUAGGAAAUAAAAAAUUAAAACGCUAAAAAAAGUAAAAAAAAAAAUAAAUAACAGGAAAAAAACAAACAAACAAAAAAAAAACACUCGCUCACUCAACUCAUUUCCGGCCUUCCGUUUGUCCGUUUGUCCGUUUGUCGUUCGUCCGUCACGGAAGGUUGCCGUACGGUUGCUGUUUGGGUGACGGAAAUUUGAGUGAAGGGAAGAGAGUCGAGAGAGAAAAGGCCAAUUGAUGAUGCAUGCAAUACACAGAAUUUGUAUGUACGUUUGAACAAUGUCCUGUUCUCGUGUGUUCUGUUUACACGCACACACACACACACCACUUCUCUUUCUAUACACAUACAUACACCCUUGUCCUUCUCUCUCAUUAAACACACACACACACACACACAUAUAAUUCUCUCUCUCUCACACACACACAAACACACACAUGUUCUCUCACACAGACACACCCACACCCUCUCCCUCUCCCUCUCUCUCCAUAGACACACAUACACAGUUUCAUCCCAACCACCGCAAACCACCGCUUCUUGCAAUAGUGACCCAAACAUGCCCAACAUUCAAACCACAGUGCGUAUAGUAAUAAUUUGCAGUGUGUUCUUUUCUUAAGCCUCUCCCCCUCGUCUCCUCCCUCCUGCCUCAACAUUCCAGAAGUGUGUGUGUGUGUGUGUGUGUGUGUGUGUGUGUGUGUGUGUGUGUGUGUGUGUGUGUGUGUGUGUGUGAGAGAGAGAGAGAGAGAGAGAGAGACUUGCAUCUUAUUUAUCUCAUUUUCUCGGUAUCUUUUUCUCGACGGUCAGAAGAAUCGAUCAUUGUUUGGAAUUGUGUUGAAAUAUUUUCGUCAUUCUGUCUGUCUGUCUGUUUGUCAUCUUGUGCUGGUUGACUGUGUGUGCGUGUGUGUGUGUGUGUGUGUGUGUGUGUGUGUGUGUGUGUGUGUGUGUGUGUGUGUGUGUGUGUGAAAUGUUGACUUCUAGAUUUGUAUGUUGAAAGUCUGUGUUGGAAAAGGAAGUGAGGGAAAAUAAUAAUAGAGCAAAUAAAUAAAUUAUAUACCAAAUGAAGUGAAUGAAAAUUGAUAAAGAAAAAGACAAAUGAUGAAUGAAAAUAAUAAUAAUAAUAAUAAUAAUAAUAAUAAUAAUAAUAAUAAUAAUAAUAAUAAUAAUUAGAUCUGUAUAAAAAUUAACAAUGAAAUUUGACAAGAUAUGAAGAAAAAAUAAGGAAAUCAAUAAAUGUUCAGAAAAAAAACAAGAAAAAUCAAAAUUUGGUGAACUGAAUAAAAGAAAAACUGAAAAAAAUUGAAGACCUUAAAUUGGAAGGCUCAUUUUAUUAUAUAUGUUGAACUAAUACUGUGUUAGAGAGAGAGAGAGAGAGAGAGAGAGAGAGAGAAACCUAACCUUACCUGCCUAACGACUCAAAACAGCACCACCACCAUCGCCACUACAAGAGAGCACAGACAGACAGACAGACAGACAGACAAACGGACAGAUGCACAGUUGACAGAAUGAAUUAACCAGUAAGCUCGUCACCGCCACUAAAGACAACAUUUUAUACGAAUUUCACUCGCCACUGUUAGACCAUUGUGUGUUGCCAGUCAUCCCCCACAUAUACUGCAACCCACUCCUUUCUUUCGUCCUUGUACCGAACCUAACAAGCUAACAUCUCUCAUUAUUAUUAUUAUAUUUUCUUCAUCUGUUAUUUCUACUUUUCCUCAUGUUUUUUUUUUUAUUAUCUCUACUUCAUCAGUUAUCUUCCUGGGUCUUUUGUUUGUUCGGAAUCAGUCUGUCCAAUCGAGUUUUCAUUAUUUUAUUCUCUUCAUUGUCUUCCGUUUUCAGUUUACUCUUUAUCAUGUGCCCAAAUCUUGUACCUAUUAUUACAUUCUCUUUGUCAUUAUCUUCCUUGGUCUUUUAUUCUCUGUCUAUCCAAGAAAUUUAUUAUUUAUUUCAGAGCAUUGUUUUUCUCUGUCUUCUAAACAAACUUGUGGCAAUAAUGUGUUUUGGGCACGGUUUGUAUGACAGUUGUCUCUAGUUUGUGGCAUUACAGUGCAUUGCCUUUCAGAAUAAGCAUAUAUUUCUCACUGAUUUACACACACACACACACACACACACACAAAGAAAAAAAAAAAAAAAAAAAAACACUUAGAUCUAUCACUUUAAACCUUCUAUCUCAUUGCCAGUAUGGGCUCUGUCAAGGCCACUCUACUGGUGAUCUGGCUUUCCUUACUGAGUCUUGGUCAUCCUCUUUUAGAGAUUUUGGUGAAACUUCACGCAGGGAAGCCACAGAACACCUGACAUCUGAUCCCUUCCUCCUGCAGCCUCGCUGCACAAGACUUUCUUCUUUCUCUCACCACUAUUCUGUCCACCUCUCUAAUGCAAGAGUUAAGCAGUAUUCUCAAUCAUUCAUCCCUUUCUGUGGCAAACUCUGGAACUCCCUGCCUGCUUCUGUAUUUCCACCUUUCUAUGACUUUUAAUUCCUUCAAGAGGGAGGUUUCAAGACACUUAUCCUUCAAUUUUUGACUACUGCUUUGGACCCUUUUAUGGGACUGGCAUCUCAGUGGCUUUUUUUUUUUUUUAUUGGAUUUUUGUUGCCCUUGGCCAGUAUCCCUCCUGCAUAUAAAAACACACACACCAUUAUCAUCAUCUCCUCUCACUACAUACAAACACUUUUAUCAUUAUCACUCAGUACACACAAACACAAACACACACGCACACAGUUGUCAUCCCAACCACUGCUGUAAAUUAGAGGACAGUAUCAACUAAGCUGUGCCAAAACGUGUUAUUGAUUCAUUUGUUUAUUUUAGAUGUUUGAAAAUAGUAUGUCUUUCUCUUUAAUGUCUGAAAGUAAUUGGGUCUCUUUUAUCUUAGACUGUUGAAAAAAAUUCUCUUAUCUUUUAAAUGUUUGAAAAAAAAUUGUCUCUUUUAUCUUAGACGUUUGAAAAGAUUAUGUACAUCUCUUACAUGUGUGUGUCCAUCCUUACUCAACCCUCACUACUACUACUACUACUACUACUACUACUACUACUACUACUACUACUACUACUGCCACCACCCACUGAUCUGAUGUUUGUAGUCUAGAUGAUGCACUUCCUUUCCAGUUUCUUGCAUUCCAGACAUCCUCGUGUGUGUGUGUGUAUGUGUGUGUGUGUGUUUUGUACAUACUUUCCCAGACUGUUAUUAUGAAAAGUGCUCAUCUUAGACACCAUAAAGAGAGAGAGAGAGAGAGAGAGAGAGAGAGAGAGAGAGAGAGAGAGAGAGAGAGAGAGAGAGAGAGAGAGAGAGAGAGAGAGAACCAUCUGUCUCUUUCUAUUUAUCUCUCCCUCCCUGUGUGUGACUUCUUUUCUCUGUUUAGGCUAAUGGGGCAGCUGUGUGUGAGAGAGAGAGAGAGAGAGAGAGAGAGAGAGAGAGAGAGAGAGAGAGAGAGAGAGAGAGAGAGAGAGAGAGAGAGAGAGAGAGAGAGAGAGA